GGAGAACCAGGGCAGCUUGAUGGCAAAAAGGUGAUUCAAGGCCCGCCUGGUCCUAAAGGAGACCAGGGAGCAGUUGGGAAGACCGGAGCCCAGGGACCACAGGGUGCCAAAGGAGAAAAGGGACAGGAUGGAGCUGGGACAUCAGGAGUAAAGUACGUUCGCUGGGGAAGAACCACGUGUCCAAAGGGUGCUCAGAUGGUUUAUAAAGGUAACGACUUCAAAAAUCAUGCGGAGUUUUGUUACUCUCAAUAAUGGUCUAAAACAUAAGCCUAUAUUACAAAUGCUUGAUUUCUUUAUUUUAAGUGACAAUUUAUCGUUUGCAUAUUGACUCGAAUUUUUCUGAACCACUUGAAGAUAUUUCUAUGCCAAACUGAUAAUGAUAAUAAUAAUAAUCAUCAUCAAAUAAUAAUAAUAAUAAUAAGUAAAACAACAACAACAGCAACAGUCAAGACACACUGACAUUUUAUUUUUGACGAUAUUGUCGAAAGAGUUCAAGAAUACAAAACCCUUUAAUAAAAUAAAAAUGGAAGUCAAAGUGAAAGUAAGAUGAUUUUAAUAACGGUCUGGCGGCUUCUUGUUUUUAUCUUUUUUGUGCCAGGUAGAAUGGGAGGAGAACACACGGGGCACCAUGGUGGUGGAUCGAACUACCUCUGUCUUCCUCGCGAUCCCAUUUAUGAAAAGUACAAAACUGGUCAUCAGAAUGCUGGAUACGUGUAUGGCGUUGAGUAUGAAGUGAGUGAUCAUAACGGAGAUCCAUUUGACAAAAAUCUUCAUGACCAUGAGCCACCCUGCGCUGUCUGCUUCGUCAAGUCACGUAGUUCAUUGCUGAUGAUGCCCGCACGGAAUGUCUGUCCCUCCGGGUGGACCGAAGAGUACCAUGGGUACCUGAUGACUUCACACCAUGCCCACAAGCAUUCAGCUGAAUUUAUAUGUGUCGAUGGGAAUCCAGAGUACGUUCAUGGCACCAAGAUAAACAGGGAUGGUUCCCUGUUGUACCUAGUGGAAGGAGUUUGUGGCUCACUCCCGUGUCGUCCUUAUGAAGCCGGUCGAGAGUUGACAUGCGCUGUGUGCACUAAGUGA